AUGCAGAUCACGAACGCCCUCAUGACCCUGGCUCUCAUCGCCAUGGGUGUCAACGCCGCCCCUGCUCCCUUGAACAUCAACCUCGGUGCCUACUCACCUGCCUUGGUGGUGGGUGAUGGUGCGCUCACAUUCUCGGGAGGCGCCGAAGGCGGCGCCGGCGGAGGUGCUGGCAAGGGCAAAGGCAAUGGAGGCGCCGGCAAAGGCAAUGGAGGAGGUGCCGGCAAGGGCAAGGAGGGUGCCGCCGGAGGCGAGGGUGCCGCAGCUGCCGGUGCCGCCGCCGCAGGUGUUCCUCAAACCGGUAUCAUUGCAGGUCGUGACAACAACAAGGUGGAAAAGCGACAACUUGGCGGCUUCGACCGCGCACUCACCUUCGCCGAGGCCGCCCUUACGAAGGGCCCCAAGGUGCAGCUCGGAAACGGCGAGGGCGGUGCCGGCGUGGGUAUCAUCGUCGACAACAACCCGACCGCCGCCGCGCAGCCCAACCGCGCAGCGGAAUAG